UAACAGUCCUCUAUUCUUUGCCAUGGAUGGAAGCAGGCACCAGCCAUGGAGAAGGACAUGACAGCCUAUGUGUAUGAUCUCUGGCACAUAAAACCAAAACCACCUCAAGACACAGCCACCAGUGCCUCAGUCUCCAUGAGGAGCCCAGAGGGUAGAUACAUACAUACUACAGACCUGGAAGGAAUGUGACUUGGAAGACCAGCUGAGGACUGGGGUUUGAGCCUUGAAGGCCCUGUCUUACGUUAUUCUUGUUUACGUCCUGCGCUUCACAAGGAACAGCUUGCUCUAUCCUACAACAGCGCUAGGCCAGUCACUAGACCCUCCCCAGCCCUCCUUUGGCCUGGUUGGGAACCUGAAGCCCAGUGAUUGAAGCUGGAAGACAAGUGGCCAAGGCCAAGGGUGAGUGUGGAAGCUACAGGGCCCCAGAAUGGAGGCCAAUGGCACCGUUCAUUCCUGUUGCUUAGACUCCACUGUAUUGAAAGUCACCAUCAGUUUGGUCCUCACCACCCUCAUCCUCAUCACCGUUGCUGGCAAUGUGGUCGUCUGCCUGGCUGUCAGCUUGAACCGUCAGCUCCGCAGUCUCACCAACUGCUUCAUUGUGUCCUUGGCAGUUACUGACCUGCUUCUCGGCCUCCUGGUGCUGCCCUUCUCUGCCAUUUACCAGCUCUCUUUCAAGUGGAGCUUUGGCCAGGUCUUCUGCAACAUCUACACCAGCCUGGAUGUGAUGCUGUGCACAGCCUCCAUCCUCAACCUCUUCAUGAUCAGCUUGGACCGCUACUGCGCUGUCACGGACCCAUUGAGGUACCCUGUGCUGGUCACCCCAGUUCGCGUUGCCAUUUCUUUGAUCUUCAUUUGGGUCAUUUCCAUCACCCUGUCCUUCCUGUCCAUUCACCUGGGGUGGAACAGCAGAAACGAGACCAGAGGGGGCAACGACACCUUCAAGUGCAAAGUGCAGGUCAAUGAGGUGUACGGGCUGGUGGAUGGGCUGGUCACCUUCUACCUGCCUCUUCUCAUCAUGUGUGUCACCUACUACAGAAUCUUUAAGAUCGCCAGGGAGCAGGCCAAAAGGAUCAAUCACAUCAGCUCCUGGAAGGCAGCCACCAUCAGAGAGCACAAGGCCACGGUGACACUGGCGGCAGUCAUGGGGGCUUUCAUCAUCUGCUGGUUUCCCUACUUCACCACGUUUGUUUAUCGUGGGCUGAGAGGGGAUGAUGCCAUCAAUGAGGUGGUUGAAGGCAUCGUUCUGUGGCUAGGCUACGCCAACUCCGCCCUGAACCCUAUCCUGUACGCUGCCUUCAACAGAGACUUCCGCAUGGCUUACCAACAGCUCUUCCGCGGCACGCUUGGCAGCCACGACUCCCACAACACUUCCCUGAGGCUGAACAACUCUCUGCUGUCCAGGAGCCAAAGCCGAGAAGGCAGGUGGCAGGAGGAGAAGCCCCUGAAGCUCCAAGUGUGGAGUGGGACAGAAGUCACACCCCCCCGAGGAACCCCAGACAGGAAACCAGCGCUGUCCUACACCACAUGCUCCAGUAACCUUCUAAGCUGCUGUAAGAGCCUCUGGGGGCUUCAUUUUCUCCAGCAACACCCAGAAGGCCCCUCGGAGGAACAGUCAGGAGAGCCACUGUCUGAGAAGACAGAAAGGACACCAUCACAGGAAGGAAUGAGGGCAUUGCCCUGUGAGGCUGUCUAGAUCCUGCCCAGAACACUAAGAUCCUGCCCAUAUUACCUGGAACUCCUUUCUGGAGCCACUGUGGACCAAGCCCCCAGACCACUGAGGACAAAGUUCAGCAUGAGCCUGGGGGCUCACAGAACACACAACCAGCUUCCCUGUGAGCAGACUCCAGACAGGUGCUUUGGCUUAUUUAUGCUGAAUUCCUUGGUUUCAAAGCUCACAUUGGUGCUGGCCCUAGGAGUCAUGAGCAGAGGCAGCGGACAUAGAUGUACACACAUGCAUGUAUGGGUGUACUUCUGUAGAAAACAUGUAUAUCUGCUGAGCAGGGCAAAGGAUGUUACUAUAAAACACUGGUAUCACUCCCUUAUGGGAUCUCAUUAUGAGCAGAAAAAAAAGAGAAGGGAAUGGGGGGAAGGAAGAGGAAAGAAAUUGCCCUCCAUUAACACCUAACUAGGUGCUAAGUACUUUGCCUACAUGGGCUCUCAUAAUUUAUACAUAUGUGCUUAGGAUAAGCAUUACUGUCCAGAUGUUACAGAGAUAGAAACUGAGAGUCAAAGAAGUGUGAAGUGUACCUAAGGCCACUCAGCUAGAAAACGUGCCUGGGAUAGAGGUACUCAGAAAGUACUUGGUGAGUGGGUGGAUGUGUGAAAAAAUGGAUGGAUGGAUGGAUGGAUGGAUGGAUGGAUGGAUGGAUGGAUGGAUGAAUGGAUGGAUGGAUGGAUGGAUGAAUAGAUGGAUGAAUGAUGGAUGAUGGGUAGAUGGAUGGAUGAUAUAUGAGUGAUGGAUGGAUGAUGGAUGGAUGGAUGGAUGGAUGGAUGGAUGGAUAGAUGGAUGAAAAUCCAGGCUUAUGUUCAUGUUCUUAAAAACUAUACUACACUGCCACACAGAAGAAAAGUCAAGAUAGUUUCUCAACUCAGCUAACCCUCCUCUAGAAAAUCAUAGCCCUCCAGGAAGCCCUCCAUGCUGAGAUACAGCCAUUGAUGGUGCUUGUUAUAAACAAGAAGUGGUGUGCAGUGGAUUUGCAGGACAAGUGUGUCUAUUGGGCCCCAGGGAAGGGCAGGUGAAAGUUGGGAAAAUGCAAAGGGUGCCAAUGUGUAGGCUGACCCAGCGCCGCCUUCUGCUGGCUACACGGCCUGGGCAUCCGGGCUGCUCUUUACUCCUCUGCAAAUAGACAAGCUCCCUUUCUGUAGUUAGAGAACGACUGAAGAGACUCAAGGAGGUGGAGUUGGUGAGAGCUCCGGAGAGAUGAGGAUGUCUAUGGGCUUCUCUCCCCCUAGGGCUUCUCGGUGGUGUUGCCCUUCCUUAACCUCAACCUCUCCUGAUACCCAUGCUUCCUUGGUUUCCAAGACCCUCUCCUAUACCUCAUCAAAUCCACCCUUAACUUUUUAUUCCUCUUUGUGACUCAUUAUCCUCCACACAAACAUCAGAUGUGGCUGCUCUCUAGGGCUCAGUGCUGAGACUUCUCACUCUGGCCCUCCCUUUGGGACCUCAUCUACAUUUAGUCACCAGACAUAAGGAUUUACUGAUUUACAGCUGUAGGUAAGGCAUCGGGCCAUGCUUCACCUCCACCUGGAUACUUCAAAGGUACCUUACUUUUAACACGUCCACAACCAUACUCUCCAACGUCUCCCUCACCUGCUUCUCUAAAGUCCUGCUUCUCAGGCAAAGGACACAUCCUGAGCUUCAAAAGCUAAGGUCAGCCUCGGCCCCUCCUUUCGCCUUGCUUCUCAUGGUAGACAUUCUAGAGUCUUCGCCCCAACACAUAUCCACCAUUCAACUGGUAAUCUUCCUCUUCCCUGGUUCACCUGCCCCAGCUGCUGGUCUCCAACAAGACAGCUGGACAAGCUGCUUAGAUCUCUUUCCUGCACUCUCUGCCACCAUUCCACCCUUCCCCCAGUCAGCUCUCCACACAAUAGCCUUGGCAGGCUGUGAAAAUGCAUGCCCUACUGUGUCUCCUACAGGAUAGAGCCUUCUUGAGGAUGGCCCACUGGCCCGGCUUUGUCAGCUUCCACGUCCCUCCAGCUCCCCCUGCACCGUCCUCCACCUCUCUUAAUUCCUCCCCUAUUUGCUUUAUCGUUUUAUUUAGAUCUACUAUUUCUAGCAACCAAGGCACACAGAGUGCUAGUUCCAUGACCCGAAAUGCUCUUUUGCCUUCUGGACAAGUCAACAUCAUGAGAUCUCAUCUGGAAUACUGUUUCCUUGAGGGAUUCUUCCUUGUCCCUUCUGACCCAUCCUACACCAGGCCCUUGCCGCACACUGUGGUGCUUUUUUUAGAGGCUGUAGAGGUUAUAAUGCAACAGUUGGCUGUGGUUUCUUAGAUAUCAUCUUACUCCCUACACAUAAGUUCCUUCUGUUGAUGUUUUCCUGCCGGGACCCUGGAAGAGUGUUCAUACACAGAAGCUUAAUGAAAAGCUUGUCAGACGAAUGUGCAAAGAAUGGUCCACACUACCCUUUUAAGAGCUAGCCUGACAAUAAACUUCAAGCCAUCAUUUGGCCCGAUGACCCCCAGAGAUGACCAUUGAGUCUCUGUCAAAUUCCCUCUGAAAAUCCAAGAAACCCAUCCAGAUGUCUUCUCAGGAGUCUAUGGCAGGUGAGUCUCUUAAGUCACAGCCUGAGUAACUGAAGACGUGAGACCUCCGGUGCAAAUGGAUCUGCCCAAUCACAGAGGCAAUCAAUCAGGGCUCAAGACCACAGUGCCCAGGGACAGCCUAGAGAGGAACAGCUGUGGUGGGACUUCGAAUCCAUGCUCUGUGUUACCAUGUUCCAAUAAAGCUGUCAAAGCAA